GGCACACACCGAAAAUGCCACGCUCCUUCCUGGUGAAGAGUAAGAAGGCUUACACCUACCACCAGCCCCGUGUGCGGGAAGAUGAGCCUCUCUGGCUGCCCGCCCUGAUCCCUGUGGCCAAGGACCAGGCCCCAAGCAAUGGCCCUGUCCUGGACACCCUGUUCCCAAGCCAGCGCCUGGACUGGCCCCCCCUCAAACGGGAAUCAGAGCUGGAACAGGACCGGAGCUCGGCCCGGAUGGCCUCGGCACCAGAGGGUCCCAUUGUGCUAUCCUGUCCCCAGGAUGGGGACUCGCCACUCUCCGACUCACCCCCGUUCUACAAGCCCAGCUUUUCCUGGGAUGCCCUGACCUCGGGUUACAGCCACAGCUACCGGCAGGCCCCCUCCACCAUGCAGUCGGCCUUCCUGGAGCGCCCCGUCAGCCUGUAUGGCAGUCCUCUGGUCCCCAGCACUGAGCCUCCCUUGGACUUCAGCCUCCACUACUCCCCGGGCAUGGACGCAUACCACUGUGUCAAGUGCAACAAGGUAUUCUCCACGCCUCACGGCCUGGAAGUGCAUGUGCGACGCUCCCACAGCGGGACACGACCCUUCGCCUGUGACGUCUGUGGCAAGACCUUCGGCCACGCCGUGAGCCUGGAGCAGCACACUCACGUCCACUCCCAGGAGCGCAGCUUCCAGUGCCGCAUGUGCGGCAAGGCCUUCAAGCGCUCGUCCACGCUGUCCACGCACCUGCUCAUCCACUCGGACACGCGGCCCUACCCCUGCCAGUUCUGCGGCAAGCGCUUCCACCAGAAGUCGGACAUGAAGAAGCACACCUACAUCCACACCGGUGAGAAGCCACACAAGUGCCAGGUGUGCGGGAAGGCCUUCAGUCAGAGCUCCAACCUCAUCACCCACAGCCGUAAGCACACCGGCUUCAAGCCUUUCAGCUGCGAGCUGUGCACCAAGGGCUUUCAGCGCAAGGUAGACUUGCGACGGCAUCGGGAGAGCCAGCACAAUCUCAAGUGA